UCAGGUCAUAGUUCCACAAAAUAACAACAACAAAAUAAAAAAUACGCAGUUUGGGGCCACGGGUUCGUUACGGAGGAUGGUGGUCAACCCCAAUAUUCGGUCAGACAAAAGUAGCAGAGGAUUUAGCGUUGGAUACUGUUGCCUAGUUGCCUUCCCUUCAAUUAGCGGUGGAUACUGUUGCCUAGCUGCCUUCCCUUCAGUCUAUAAAUUCAAAAUUAGAGAAAUCCAGCGUAGAUAUGUAUUGAAUUACUUCGGACGAAUAUCCGAAAACUUGUAAUUGGUUGAGGAUGAUCACAUGAUUUAACUAACAUAUAAGAUUACACGUGUUCACCCCAACACGUUCAAAUUAACCCCGGUUAAUCCGGGGAAAGCUUGUUAGAUGAAAACUCGUAACAUUUCCUCUGAAAACAAAACAAUUGGUUAGUUGGGUUCAUAUAAUUUCACCUUUUUUUUUUUUCUAGGGAAAAUGGCGGCAAAACCUGUAGUUAUCAUAUUUUUCUGCGUGAUCCUUGUGGUGUUUCUUCUGGGACUCCUAAUUGGUUAUUACGGAAUAUCUUCUGGUUUAACCGAAGAACAGGCAGAGAAGCUUGAAAUGCUAGAUCGCUUGUCACUCUCAACUUAUUACCCAUAUGAUGAUGCUGCACAGAGAAUUCUUAAGGACGUCAGCCCAGAAAAUAUAAAGAAAAACCUUCGCUAUCUGACAGAACAAACGCAUUUGGCAGGGACUGCCAGAAAUAACGAACUAGCGCGGUACAUCCGGGAUACUUGGAAAGCGCAAGGUUUAGACAAAGUUGACUUGGUUCCCUAUGAUAUCUUACUGUCUUAUCCGGAUAAAGACAAACCUAAUAAGGUUCAUAUUGUUGACGACAACGAGCGGAUUAUUUUUAGCUCGAGCCAUCUUGAAGAUCCAACAGCCUCUCCCAAGGAUAUUAUUCCAGCUUUUAACGGAUACGCACCUCGUGGUGACGUUACGCUUCAGAAAGCAGAAUUAUGGGUCCUAAAGGCUAUUGGGCAAAAUAAUAGGGCAAAAAAAUUGGCCAAACAAUUUUUGAGUCAAAUGAACAUAUUCAUAAGCUUACAGAACGAGCCGUGGCCUACAUUAACGUGGACAGUUGUUCUGGAGGUUCAUGGCUUCGGCUGCAAGCAAGCCCUAAGCUGGCGAAUUUGCUUAGAAGCACAUCAAAAAUGGUCCCAGAUCCCGUUAGCCCACAGAAAACUUUAUACGAGACUUGGAAGUCCGCAACUACCAACGAAACGAACGCUGAACCAGAAGUCCAAAUAUUGCAGUCAGGUUCUGACCAUGCACCGUUUGCCUUUUACGCUGGAGUACCCUCUGUCAACAUGAAGUGGGUAUCUGACAAGGUAAGAGAUUCUGAUG